UUCGAAUUCAGGACGCUUGGGUGCUUUGUCAAAACAAAAAGGGAUUAUAAAAACAUUUUGAAUUAAUGAUUGCACUAGAAAAACGUAACUGAACAUAAUAUGGAUUGGGAGGACAAGAUCUCUUCUAUCGUAAAAGAAACUGAGACCAACCUAGCUCGAGUUAAGGAUCAGCUUGGUUCAUCCAGAGUAAGACAUUCUUCACAAGCAAAGUAUUACUCAAGUCCUAAUCUUGACGUGCGGAAUAGUUCUUUUGAGAACUCUAGUUUCAGAUCCUCUAAUCCUCUCCUUAGCUACAGUACCAAUGGAUUUCAAUCUACAAGUCCUCAGAGGAUGUCUGGCGUAAAUGCUAAUCGAAAUGAAGGCAGUAGUUCUCCUGCUCUUCUUAAUGUCCUGUUUGAGAGGAUAGAACAACAGGCUGAGACCCUCAGCUCAUUAAGCCAUACGGUUAAGAGACUGGAGAAAGCAAAAACUCAUCAGGCUGAAACAAUUUCAACUUUACAAGAUCAGGUUUCCAGACUAAAUGAAAGGCUGAGAGAACAUGGGGUAGAUCUUCAAACUGAGAGAAAACUUGAAGGGUUUAAAAGAGAGAUGUACAGCCAAUUGGAAAGAAUACAAAGUCAAAACCAAUUGAAACAGAACAGGGAUGACAUCUCCUAUGAUGAUCCAAGUAAUGCAACCUUAGCCAGAGAUCUACAUGAAAAUAAAAGGAUUUUACAGGAUGACUGUAAUUCUUUAAGGAGGGAAAUCGACCACUUAAAGACAAGAAUUGGUAAGAUUGAGUUAGACACCCAAACUACAAUGGCAGAUGCAAAAGAUUCUAAUAGACGGCUUGAGCGCAUUGAUAGAACUGUGAACUUACUUUCUGAAAAUCAGAGAUCUCAAUCACGCAGCAUUGAAAGUAUAGUAGAUGACAGAGAACUAAGAAAUUCAGACAUGGGAAGCAUAAGAAGGGAACUAGAUGAGCUCUUGACAAAGGUAUCCCAAUUAGAAUCCAAUGAAAAAGGACAGUCACGUGAUAUACAUCGUAGAAAACAAUCUGGUGAGUUAUUAGACAAUGAUUAUAUGAUGGAAUGA